GUUGCUUUUGGUUUAGCAAAGGUAAUUUUUUUUUUCCAUCACAGCUUUGGAAACAUGAUGAGCAAGGAGAAGCGAGAGGCUGUCAGUAAAGAGGACCUCGCCAGAGCAACUUUGAUCACCAUCACCAACAACAUUGGCUCAAUAGCAAGAAUGUGUGCCCUUAAUGAAAACAUUAACCAGGUGGUAUUUGUUGGAAAUUUCUUGAGAAUUAAUACGAUCGCCAUGCGGCUUUUGGCAUAUGCUUUGGAUUAUUGGUCCAAGGGGCAGUUGAAAGCACUUUUUUCGGAACAUGAGGGGUAUUUUGGAGCCGUUGGAGCACUCCUUGAGCUGUUGAAGAUCCCCUGAUUGUUACCUGGGGAGGGGUUCCUGGAACCUUCCACGAUGGGAUCUGUGGACUUUUGUUUUUUUAAGAGACUCAAUUUUAUGAUUGUGUAGGGCCCGAAUCAAAGCGAGAAAGGACAAGUAUAUUUUCCUAAGUCAUCAAAUAAAUCCUUAAAAAUUCAGUGUAAACUAGUAACCAGUAAGCAUAUAUAUAUACAUAUAAAGCGGACCACAUCCAUGGCAGUGAGGAUUUGCCAUAGAAAAGCUGCUCUUAAAUAUAGCUUUGUUAAACCUGCUUUGUAUUUUUGAAACUCAGCUUCACUCACUAGAGCCACUUCAGGGGAGAGCUGUUGUGUGCUCAGCUGACUAUGGGUUUGUGUCCUGUUGAACUUGUUGAAUGUAAGGCAAACUCCUGUGUGUUAUAAUCUAAUCAGAAUGUUGUAACAAUGGCUUUGGAGGUCGUCUGUGCAUUAAGUCUGAUGUGCAUUUAGCCUCUAUGUGAA